AUGGCAAGGUCAAUGCUAAAUAGGCAGGAAAUCUGCAAAGUCUUUGUACUGGUCAUCGUCAAUGAAGAAUUUACUAGUCCUUAUCAGCGCCGUUUUGGCGCUCAUCGUGACAGAGGAAAUAUAAUGGCAUUUUGUAAAAAAUAUCCAAAUUUUACUGUCAAUGAUAUCAGCGAACUAAAAAAGUUCAAUGAUACGACAGAUGGCAUGCAGCAAAAUAUUAACACCACGGAACUGGCGUUAACUAACGAUGGCAAGAUAAAAGUAGAUGACCUUACAGCAGGCGAAAUUGAAAAUCUUUUUAAGGCCAUUUCUGAGGGAGAUUACAGAACCUACGAUGCAUUUAUGUGCUUCAUAUCAAGUCAUGGAAACUUGAGGGGAAUUGUAGGAGCUGAUGGUAACACGUUUAGCGUUGAAGAUAUUCUUGGUCGUCUCAAAACGUGUCCAACUUUGGUAGGCAAGCCAAAGCUUUUCUUUACCCAUAGUUGCAGAGGAUACAUGACAGCCACUGGGGUGACGCCGGUUUGUCGGGGCAGGGUGGUAGCCGAUCAUGGAUUCCCAAUUACUAUUCCCAUGGAAGCUGAUAUACUGGUUGCCUUUUCAAGUAUAGAUGGGUACGCAUCAUAUAGAGAUGAGGAGGAAGGAUCAUGGUUUAUCACUGUGUUGACGAAGGUUUUAAACGAGCAUGCACACGAGAUGAAUUUGACCGACAUGCUUGCUAUAGUCAACGAACUUGUUUCCGGAAUGGAGUAUAAUUCCUGGAAACAAAUGCCGUGUUUUAUGAGCACCUUGAGGAAGGUUGUCUAUUUCAAAACCGAAUCCCGUGAAACGCAUCCAUCUUCAGAAGAAUUACCUACAGCUUCAGGAGAAUUACAUUGA